AUGGAAUGCGUGCGCCCGCGCCCAGGAUCCGACUCCACUUGGAACGAGGGCCCAGGCGCCGCUCGACAAGCGCCGGCCGCGGGGGCGGCAUCCUCGCGCCUCCCCCCGUCGCGCGCCGAGGCCGCUGGGCGAGGCCAGGCGAGGCAAGGGGAGGCGGGCCGAGGGGGCGGGCGAGGGCAGCGGGAAUGCAGGGCUGUCGGGGGCGGGGAGCAGGAGGCGGCGGGCCCCGGGAAGAAAGGAACAUGGCUCCUGCCGCGGGCAGCGCCGAGCGCGGCGCAGCGCAAAGGCGCGCUGGGCGCCAGUGAGCGCGAUGGUGAACUCAAGUCGCGUGCAGCCGCAGGAGCCCGGGGACGCGAAGCGGCAGCCGGCGCCCAGAGCGGCGGGCCCAGGCGGCGCCGGCGAGAGGACCAGGGCCCGCCGUGCCCCAGCCCGGACGGCGGCGGGGACCCGCUGCAUCGCCACCUCCCCAUGGACGGGCAGCCGCCCCGAGUGGCCUGGGCCAAGAGGCUGGCUCGCGGUCUGCGAGGUCUCUGGGGAACAAGACUCAUGGAGGAAAGCAACACUAACCGAGAGAAAUACCUUAAAAGUGUUUUACGAGAACUGGUCACAUACCUCCUUUUUCUCAUAGUCUUGUGUAUCUUGACCUAUGGCAUGAUGAGCUCCAGUGUGUACUACUACACCCGGGUGAUGUCACAGCUCUUCAUAGACUCCCCACUGUCCAAGACGGAGAAAACGAACUUCAGAACGCUUUCUUCGAUGGAAGACUUUUGGAAGUUCGCAGAAGGCUCCUUGUUGGAUGGGCUGUACUGGAAGAUGCAGCCCAGCAACACAACUGAAGCUGACAACCGAAGCUUCAUUUACUACGAGAACCUGCUGUUAGGGGUACCACGUAUACGGCAACUCAAAGUCAGAAACGGAUCCUGCUCUAUCCCUCAGGACCUGAGAAGUGAGAUUAAAGAAUGCUAUGAUGUCUACUCCGUCAGUAGCGAAGACAGAGCUCCAUUUGGUCCUCGAAAUGGGACCGCUUGGAUCUACACAAGUGAAAAAGACUUGAAUGGGAGUAGCCACUGGGGAAUGACUGCGACUUACAGUGGAGCUGGCUACUACCUGGAUUUGUCAAGAACAAGAGAGGAAACAGCUGCCCAGAUUGCUAGCCUCAAGAAAAAUGGCUGGCUGGAUCGAGGAACUAGGGCAGCUUUUAUUGACUUUUCAGUGUACAAUGCCAACGUUAACCUGUUCUGUGUGGUCAGGUUGUUGGUUGAAUUCCCAGCAACAGGUGGUGUGAUUCCAUCUUGGCAAUUUCAACCUGUAAAGCUGAUCCGAUAUGUCACAACCUUUGAUUACUUCCUGGCAGCCUGUGAGAUUAUCUUUUGUUUCUUUAUCGUUUACUAUGUGGUGGAAGAGAUAUUGGAAAUUCGCAUUCACAAGCUACAGUAUUUCAGGAGUUUCUGGAAUUGUCUGGAUGUUGUGAUCAUCGUGCUAUCAGUGGUAGCUAUAGGAAUUAACAUAUAUAGAAUUUCAAGUGUAGAGGUGCUGAUGGAGUUUUUGGAAGAUCAGAAUACUUUCCCUAACUUUGAACAUCUGGCGUACUGGCAAAUACAGUUCAACAAUGUAGCUGCUGUCACUGUAUUUUUUGUUUGGAUUAAGCUCUUCAAAUUCAUCAACUUUAACAGGACCAUGAGCCAGCUCUCUACGACCAUGUCUCGGUGUGCCAAAGACCUCUUUGGCUUCGCUAUCAUGUUCUUCAUCAUUUUCUUAGCUUACGCUCAGUUGGCAUACCUUGUCUUUGGCACUCAGGUUGAUGACUUCAGUACUUUCCAAGAGUGUAUCUUCACUCAGUUCCGUAUCAUUUUGGGCGAUAUCAACUUUGCAGAGAUUGAAGAAGCUAAUCGAGUUUUGGGACCAAUUUAUUUCACUACUUUUGUGUUCUUUAUGUUCUUCGUUCUUUUGAAUAUGUUUUUGGCCAUCAUCAAUGAUACUUACUCUGAAGUUAAAUCUGAUUUGGCCCAGCAAAAAGCUCAAAUGGAACUCUCAGAUCUUAUCAGAAAGGGCUACCAUAAAGCCUUGGUCAAACUGAAAUUGAAAAGAAAUACUGUGGAUGAUAUUUCAGAAAGUCUACGGCAAGGGGGAGGCAAGUUAAACUUUGAUGAACUUCGACAAGAUCUCAAAGGGAAGGGCCAUACUGAUGCUGAGAUUGAGGCAAUAUUCACAAAGUAUGACCAAGAUGGAGACCAAGAACUGACCGAACAUGAACAUCAGCAGAUGAGAGACGACUUGGAAAAAGAGAGGGAGGACCUGGACUUGGAUCACAGCUCUUUACCACGUCCUAUGAGCAGCCGGAGUUUCCCACGAAGCCUGGACGACUCUGAGGAAGAUGAUGAUGAAGACAGUGGGCAUAGUUCUAGAAGGAGAGGAAGCAUCUCCAGUGGCGUUUCUUAUGAAGAGUUUCAAGUCCUGGUGAGACGAGUGGACCGAAUGGAACACUCCAUUGGCAGCAUCGUGUCCAAGAUCGACGCUGUGAUUGUGAAGCUGGAGAUCAUGGAGCGGGCCAAACUGAAGAGGAGGGAGGUGCUGGGGAGGCUGCUGGAUGGGGUGGCUGAGGAUGAAAGACUGGGUCGUGACAGUGAAAUCCACAGGGAACAGAUGGAACGACUAGUGCGGGAAGAAUUGGAACGCUGGGAAUCUGAUGAUGCAGCUUCCCAAAUAAGUCAUGGUUUGGGCACGCCAGUGGGACUAAAUGGUCAGCCUCGCCCGAGAAACUCUCGCCCUCCUUCCUCCCAGUCUACAGAAGGCAUAGAAGGUGGAGGUGGAAAUGGGAGUUCCAAUAUCCACAUGUAGAAGGUGUAUUAGUAUGUGUGUCCCUAUUAGAUGAGAAGGUGGCAGUCCCGAAUUGCCAUAACAAGUACA